GCAUUUCAUAACCCUUUUUGUGUUCGCGGUGUUCGCCCAAACAAUGUCAGAUAAACUACAAAAUUAAUGUUAUUUGUAAAAUGUAAAAAAAGAAAAUAUAUUUCCUGAAAUGUAGCCCAGUGAAUAGUAAACCUUUUACUAAUACAAUACCAAGAUAUUCCUAAGUAACAAGGCAUUAUGUCGUCUGUUCAACGAUCUUUCGCACACAAAUUAAACAAACAACAUGCAGCUGAUGUUCGACGACACAUUGCCGGUUCAACAUCAUAUUCAAGGAAUUUGUCCAAAAGUGGAAGCAGUGUUUCUGGAUUUUCUUCGACGAUGUCUCUCUGUGAAGUAUUAGAACCUCUAGAUUAUGAAGAGUUUUUACUUCAACAUCAAGCUGUCUUAGACAGGGAUCCUUUGAAACCAAUAUUAGACUUUCCUACCAAUGAUGUUGAUGUAAGAGUAAUUAAGAGGAAAAUUCGAACUGAAGAACCAGUAAUUCCAUACGAAUCUCUGGACACGGUUUCACCGUAUGUAAGAAAGUGUAUCAAAACUUUUACAUCAGAUUGGAUCGUUGUACACAGAAAAUUUAAAGCAAGAGCUGCUUCCAUUGCACGUGACAAACUACUUCAGGAUAUACCAAAACAAGACUUUGAGGUGGAUCAGGAGGAAACACAUUGUUCCACUUCUCCUAACGAGGACGAUGAAUUUUCUAAUUGUGGUAGUACGCCACGUGGCUCGUGGGCUAGUUUAGAUCUCCGACAUUCUCAGCACGAUCCUCUAUUUCCAAAUAUACUGGAACGUAUUUGUCCUGAAAUAGUCGAUCAAUUGAAUGAGCAAAAACGAUUGGAAGAUCGUCAGGAAGCAUUUUUUCCGCUAUAUUCGCCGCCUGCUUCAUUAGAUGAUGAAUGGCAUGAAAUAAAUGUCCCUUUAGAACCAUCUGAAUCUUUUUCUCAUAAAAUUCUUGUCAAGUGUCUUCAAUUAAAAUUGGAACUUGAAGUUGAGCCGAUAUUUGCCAGUUUCGCUUUAUAUGAUGCCAAAGAGAAGAAAAAGGUUUCAGAGAAUUUUUACGUAGACAUGAAUUCAGAGGGAAUUAAGAAAAUGUUGGGAGGACAUGUAGCAUACAGUGAUACGAGUACAUUAGCCAGAAGUUGUGUAUUUAAUAUUCAUAAACCAAGUUCUGAUCUAUUUUUGGUUAUUAGAUUGGAAAAGGUGCUUCAGGGUGAUAUUACCGAGUGUGCGGAACCAUAUUUUCGAGAUGAUAAAAAUAAAGAAAAGGUACGAAUUGCAGCAUCUGCGGCUUGCGAGCGUCUUGGACGCUAUCGAAUGCCUCUGGCUUGGACUGCAAUCCAUCUUUCAGGAGUAGUAAGUGGCGGAACCGACAUGGAAAACACUACAAGUGUCGGAUCCCUAGACAGAAAAUCCGGAAGUUUAGAACAGUGGCGGAAGAAAGUGGAACCAUGCACUAGGCGAGGUUCUUUAGAAAGAAGAAACUCGGACAAGAGACGUAGUUGGUCUCCCGAUGAUUUUGCCAACUGCUUCGAAAGUUUUAGACCAAUUACACUCACAGUUUCGAGUUUUUUCAAACAAGAAGCCGAAAGACUCAGAGACGAAGAUCUGUACAAACUUCUAGUCGAGAUACGUCGACCGGGUUCGAAUCUAAAGCGACUCAAGUGUCUCCCAGGAAUUUUAAAAUUAGAUUUAAGUCCCAAACCAGAAGAUCUUCCUCGCUGUUUAGAUCCAGAUCUGAGAAGACUCUCACCAUAUCCUGACGAAAAGAGUCGACCUGUGAAAGAAAUUCUCGAAUUUAAAAAUGAUGUCAUCUUGCCAGAUCUAACAUAUCGUAAUCUUUUAUAUGUAUACCCAAAGGAGGCUAAUUUCAGCUCCAGAACAGGUUCCGCUCGCAAUAUCGCAGUUCGAAUACAAAUAAUGGAAGGUGAACUAGAGGAGAAUGCCUUGACGGCAAUUUUCGGUCGUUCCUCCUGUCCAGAAAUGACACACGAAUACAUUACUUCAGUGUCCUAUCAUAAUAAGAAUCCAAAUUUUUACGAUGAAGUAAAAAUACGACUUCCUGCCGAUUUGAAUACAAAUCAUCAUUUGCUAUUUACUUUCUAUCACAUUAGUUGUCAGAAGAAAUUGGAGCAGACGAGUGUUGAAACACCGGUUGCAUAUACAUGGUUACCUCUUCUAAGAGAGGGACAUUUACAAUUUGGUGAAUUUAAUCUCCCCGCAAUGUUGGAUCCUCCACCUGCUAAUUAUUCGUACAUUGCGCCUGAUGUCCUCUUACCGGGAACGAAAUGGAUAGACGCGCAUCGAGGAGUUUUCACAUUGAUUCUAGAACCGAUUUCUAGUGUUCAUGCACAGGAUAAGUAUAUCGAUCGUUUUCUUUCGUUGUGCAAUUCAUUGGAGACUGGUCACGUACCGCCGCGAAUUGGAGAAUCGGGAAUGGAAUCCGAAUUGAAAUCAGCAUUGCUGGGUUUGGCUCGAGCUUCAAAUUCAGCGCUGGUAAGAUCAAUGCCACAAUUAUUUGAUCAGUUGAUUUCAAUUCUCGUUUGUCCGCCAACUUUGCCUUCGCAACCGCUAAAUAUUGCGGGAACGGUUUAUGAGGCUAUUGGACUUCUAGUCAGGAAUGUGACGAAUCUGCCUGAUGGUCAAGUAGACGCUUAUGGUCGUCACGCGUUACUCACGACUUAUGUCACUUAUCAGUGUACUCUACCGUCGGUGCCACAAUUUUUACGUCCGCUUUUGAUGCGAGCGCAAAGUAAUCCGGAUUUACCGCUAGAGGAUCUUGAGAUGGAGAUUCAUUCACGUGGGCUGGACAGAACGGCUUCUAUGCGACAGGAAACGCAGUCGGUUAAUAGCAGCAAUCCAUCGCGAAGGCUCUUGCAUGAGGAAUUGUGUCUCCAUUGGAUUGUAUCCACGGGACAGUCACGGGAAUUGGCGACUUUACACUGUUGGUUCUUUCUGGAAUUAAUAGUACGAUCGAUGGCGACAACACUGUCAGAAUUGGGGACUUUGGACUCGACGAGAAAGACGAGAUUUUCAGCACACUUUUGCGAUGAUAUUGCAACACUCGUGGCGGCCAUUAUAUCCGAAGUGAUAGCACAUUGCGGAAAGGAUAAUAAAGUUUCGUCGAAUCUUAUUUCAAGUCUUGGGAAUUUCCUCUCGGACCUACUGUCUCUUAUGGAUCGGGGUUUCGUUUUGUCCCUGCUGAAAACAUCUUGCUCCACUCUCUCCGAAGCGGCGAUACAAGUUCAAGAUUCCGUCGCUCUUUACGCGUUGAAACUAGAUUUGGUGAAAACUGUCUGUACACACGAGCACUACGUUCCUUUGAAUUUACCAUUCGGAACGGGAUAUACGUCCGGAUCGGCACCUGUUAGUCCGAGUCCAUCCACCGGUAGUUCGGGCAGUUUCAUAUCGACCCUAGUUCCUGGUGAUCGAGCCCGUUUCUCCGAAUUGAGUCAAGAAUUUAGACAGCAACAUUUCCUUGUGGGAUUAGUUUUAUCCGACUUGUCGUACACGCUGGAAAUUCCAAAUCCAAUGCUGCAAAAUAAGGCGAUCAGUACGAUUCGAUAUUUAAUGAAUUUACAUGACGUUGAUCCGAGAUAUUCGGAUAGUGCUUCGAAAGCGAGAGUCGCGGCAUUGUAUCUACCACUGUUGAACAUUGUAAUAAGCGCUCUUCCACAAUUGUAUCAUUGGGAUUCGAAGGACAAGAGUGUUUAUACUGAUGAUCAGGGUUCAAUUACUCAGUGCGUGGCGAUUGCUAUUGCGGGUGGAGCGUCAGCGGAAGUUGUUGGAUCACAAUGUCGAGUUUUUCUUAGUUCUGAAGCAACGAGACAUCUAUUGAUGUGCACUCUUUGGCUUUUGAAGUCUCUCGAUAAGAGUGCAUUGAUGCAAUGGUGUUCGGAAUUAAGUGUGAGACGUCUCCUGAGUCUUUUGCAAGUAUUAAAUAUUUCUAAUGCGGCUUUCGAGUAUAAGGGGAAGAAGGCAUUGAAACGUCUGCCACAACAAUCUGCCGCUACAAGUGAUAUACGAUCGAGACUGGAGGACGUGAUUCUUGGACAAGGGAGUGCUAGAAGCGAAAUGAUGAUGAGAAGAAAGGAAAGAGUCGUUGGAGAUAAGUUGAGAUGGAGGAAGGAUCAAAUGCCUUACAGAUCUUCCGAACAACCUGAAGGAAAAGCUGUUGAACAAGAUGCUCACAUUGAAGGAGCUUUAGCAGCGGAAGCUUCUCUAGUUGUUCUAGAUACUCUGGAAACUGUCGUUCAAGCCGACGGAGGAGGAGGAGCUGUAAUAGGUGCAGUAUUGAAAGUUCUGCUUAGAGCAUUAGCUAGAAAUCAAAGUACAACAGUUCUUCAACACAUGUUUAGUUCGCAGAGAGCUUUAGUCUUUAAAUACCACAGUGCCUUGUUUGACGAGGAAAGCGAAAGAUGUGGAGAUUUGUGUCUUACUUUAUUAACACGCUGCAGUUCUCCUUUGAGUGCAAUUCGAAGUCAUGCAGCAGCUAGUCUUUAUUUAUUAAUGAGGCAAAAUUUUGAAAUUGGAAACAAUUUUGCAAGAGUAAAAAUGCAAGUGACAACAUCAUUGUCUGCAUUGGUGGGUCGUGGUAGAUCACUAAGCGAAGGAGCCUUACGUCGAGCUCUGAAAACAGUUUUAGUUUAUGCAGAGCGAGAUGUUGAAUUAGCGGAAACAAGCUUUCCUGAACAGGUGAAGGAUUUGCUUUUUAAUCUUCACAUGAUUCUUUCGGAUACUGUUAAAAUGAAAGAAUUCCAAGAGGAUCCGGAAAUGUUGCUAGAUCUAAUGUACAGAAUUGCCAAAGGUUACCAAGGUUCGCCAGAUCUUCGCGUAACGUGGUUAGCGAAUAUGGCUCAGCAGCACAUGGAGCGUAAAAAUCACACCGAGGCUGCCAUGUGUCUUGUGCACAGUGCAGCACUUGUUGCCGAGUAUCUGCAUCUUCUAGAACCUGGAAGCAGUGGACGUCCAAUAGGCGCAGUGGCACUCAGUUCGAUAACGCCUAACGCAAUUGAAGAAAGUGCUGUUGGUGAUGAUAUUCUUGCAAGAAGAGAGGAAGGACUUUGCUUAGGUCCCGAUUUCUCAGAAAGUGGAUUAGCCGGUUUACUUGAGCACGCAGCAAGUUCUUUUUAUGCUGCCGGCAUGUAUGAAGCAAUUCCCGAUGUCUACAGAGUUCUAUUGCCAAUUGCAGAAGCUGCUCACGAUUACAAGAAAUUAGCAAACAUUCAUGGAAAACUACAUGAAGCUUACACACGAGUUGAACAAUUAUCGGGAAAACGUGUAUUUGGCACGUACUUUAGAGUUGGAUUUUAUGGAGCGAGAUUUGGUGAUUUGAACGGUGAAGAAUUUGUUUAUAAAGAACCGACACUGACAAAAUUACCAGAGAUAUUUUCUAGAAUUGAAAAUUUCUAUGCUGAUAGAUUUGGUGUUGAAAAUAUUGUGAUUAUUAAGGAUUCAAAUCCUGUCGAUAUGAAUAAAUUGGAUACUGAUAAAUCCUAUGUGCAAAUUACUUACGUGGAACCAUACUUCGAAAAUCAUGAACUCAGACAUAGAUCUACAGUCUUUCGAAAAAACUUCAAUAUAAAGAGAUUUGUUUACGCUACGCCAUUUACGCCAGGAGGCAAAGCUCAUGGUGAAUUAAGAGAGCAGUGUAAACGUAAGACAAUUCUAACUGUCGCUACACAUUUUCCUUAUCUUAAGACGCGAAUUCGAGUCGUCUCCAGAAAACAAAUUGUACUCAGUCCAAUUGAAGUUGCAAUUGAGGACAUACAAAAAAAGACGGCUGAGGUUGGGGCAGCAACUGCUCAGGAACCUCCGGAUCCAAAGAUGCUGCAAAUGGUUCUUCAAGGUUGUAUUGGAACGACAGUUAAUCAAGGACCAGCGGAGGUUGCUAUUGUUUUCUUAUCGGGAUUACAGGAACAAGAUGCACAACCAUCUCGAUUGCAGCAUAAAUUACGUUUGUGCUUUAAAGAUUUUUCAAAGAAAUGCCUCGAUGCAUUGCGAAGAAAUAAGAAUCUUAUUGGACCUGAUCAACGUGAUUAUCAGCGUGAAUUAGAAAGAAACUAUCAAAGACUAAUUGAGAGAUUAACACCACUUAUAGCUUGGAGGUAAAUUUUGUUGCUUAUUUGAUAAUCUGAAUUUCUUUUAUGUGAGAAAAAUUAUAAUAUUGUCAUUGCUGUUUCUUAUUUAUGAUUAUUUGAAUAAUAUUAUGUUUCAUUCAUAUGAGAAGAGAACAUGUUCUCAUACUUGUUCAUAUUUAACGAAAAAGUCGUUCAUUUAGUUUGCUGUUUAUGAUAAACAAAUUUUUUCGGGGGUCAUUCACAAACGCUUUUUUGGACAGAAAAUGUCGAUGAUAUGAAUGUAAUUUUUAAAUUGUUUUAUGAAUAAUUGGUAAAAUUUUAACUGCAAAAAAUUCAAUUGUUUUAUUGUAGAAUAAUUAUUUCAAAAUGCAAGUAAAUAAUUUAAUUAUACUUUGACAUGGGCGAAUUUCCCUUUUUAUGGUUAGGGGAAUUCUCGUCAAAUUUGUUCACAGAAA